AUGUAGGAUGAAGAAGAUUACGAUAUUUUGAUGAAAAUAAUUAUUGUGGGUGAUUCAGGAGUGGGCAAAACGAAUUUGGUGAAUCGUUUCGCAUAACAAAAAUUCCUUGAUGAUAGUAAACCAACAGUGGGAGUUGAAUUCUUCUUUCGCCACAUUGAUAUAAUGGGAAAAACGAUAAAGGCCUAGGUUUGGGACACAGCAGGACAAGAGAAAUUCCGAGCAAUAACUUAUGGAUAUUAUAGAGGUGCCUUAGGAGCUAUGAUCUGUUAUGACAUUACUAAGGAAUAGUCUUUUUUGAAUGUGGAGAGAUGGAUAGAGGAGUUGAGAGAACACGGUGACAGCAAUUUGGUGAUGAUGUUGAUAGGGACGAAGUCUGAUUUAGAGAGUAAAAGAGUUGUGAGAAAUGAGGAUGGCACGUAGAAGGCAUUGUAACAUAACAUGGCAUUUUUGGAGACAUCGGCAUUAAAAGCAGCAAAUGUGGGCAAGGCAUUUUCGAUGUUACUUGAGAAGAUUUAUGUGGGCAUUGACAAUCAAGGAAAGGAAUAUCAGAAGAGAGCCAGUAUAAAGUUGACUUCUGAGCCAAUAACAAUUAAAAAUGCUUAAAACACAAAACCAGAUACGACCAAAUCCAAGAAACAAUGUUGUUGAGAAUGGUUUUUUAUUUUAAUUUAAAGUUACUAAUAGAUUG